AUGUGGAAUUUCUCAGCGGUGACUGAGUUUAUCCUGCUGGGCAUCCCGCACACAGAGGGUCUGCAGACCACGCUCUUUGCCUUAUUUCUGUCCUUCUACAUCUUCACCCUUGUUGGGAACCUUCUCAUUCUACUGGCCAUCAUCUCCUCCCCUCGGCUCCACACUCCCAUGUACUUCUUUCUGUGUGAGUUAUCCCUAUGUGACAUUUUUUUUCCUUCUGUGAGUUCCCCCAAGAUGCUGUUCUACCUUGCAGGGAACAGUCGAACAAUCUCCUAUGCAGGAUGUGCGUCCCAGCUCUUCUUCUACCACUUCUUGGGCUGCACUGAGUGCUUCCUGUACACAGUGAUGGCCUAUGACCGCUUCAUUGCCAUCUGUCACCCUCUACGCUACACAAUAAUCAUGAGCCACAGAGUGUGUGCCAUCUUGGCCUCAGGGACCUCAUUCUUUGGCUGUAUUCAGGCCACUUUUCUCACCACUCUCACCUUCCAGUUGCCCUACUGUGGCCCCAACGAGGUGGACUAUUACUUCUGUGAUAUCCCAGUGAUGCUGAAGCUGGCUUGUGCAGACACCUCGGCCUUGGAGAUGGUGGGGUUCAUCAGUGUUGGCCUCAUGCCCCUCAGCUGCUUCCUUCUCAUCCUCACCUCCUACAGCUGCAUUGUCUGCUCCAUUCUGAGGAUCCGCUCUGCGGAGGGCCGACGUCGCGCCUUCUCCACCUGCAGUGCCCACCUCACUGCCAUUCUGCUUUUCUACAUGCCCGUGGUCCUCAUUUACUUACGUCCAACCCCAAGCCCCUGGCUGGAUGCAACUGUACAGGUCCUAAACAACCUAGUCACUCCCAUGCUGAACCCUCUGAUCUACAGUCUCAGGAAUAAGGAUGUGAAAUCAUCACUCAGGAAUGCCCUAACUCACCUGAGCUUCCAACCUAAGCAGUUGUAG